UCAUUGUGUACAUUUCACGGGUUCUGCAAGGUGUUUCUUUUCUUGCCCCACCUGCCUGUUGUCUUUUUUUAAAUCUAUUGUCGGACUGAACUUCCUUAAAAAGCGUCACACUGCUGAGAUGCUUUCAAGUGGAAAAACCAGAGCAGUCAUAUCCAUACUGUGCAUCGCAGCCGUUGGGGUGUUCUCUAGAUUUUCAUGGAAUUUAUCUGGAUUUUCCCUCGGCCAUCACAACUCAACUCUAUGUGCCUGUCGCAAAUGUUUACCAGAAACUGAUCCAUGGUUAAGGGAUCUUCUCAAGGCAGCCCCUCCAACCUUUCUGUCACGAAACUAUACACCCUCAGUGGUGGAUUUAAAAUGGCUGCAGCGCUUAAGGUCGGAUGGACACAACAUCAAUUUCUACAAAACAACAGUGGACAACCUGUUUAAAAUCUUCCCAUCCAUUCCAGAUGUUGUAAAACCCGGCCCUGUCCGCUGCAGGACUUGUGCUGUGGUGGGCAACUCUGGGAAUUUGAUAGGAUCACACUAUGGACCUCGCAUAGAUAUGCAUGAUAUUGUAAUAAGAAUGAACCAUGGCACUACUAAAGGCUACGAAACAGAUGUUGGGACCAAAACAACUCAUCAUGUAAUGUAUCCAGAGAGUGCUGUUAGUUUGGACAACACUACUCAUCUUGUGAUGUUUUCAUUCAAGAUGAGCGAUCUACUGUGGCUCCUCAAGAAAUUCGAUCCAGGGGACGACAGUUCUGUGAAGAGGAUAGCUAACAAGGAUCUGGUGAUGAUCCUCAAUCCUGCUUUCAUGAGAUAUGUUUAUGAAAUGUGGCUGGGAAAGAGGGGCAGCCAUCCAUCCACUGGAUUUCUCACUCUGGUUCUCAGCCUGCAGAUUUGUGAUGAGGGUCGUGAAGCUGCUGACACCGGGCCAGAGGCGGGGUACGCCAUCACAGGGCAGACACACCACCAUUCACACCUGCUUUCACACCUGUAGUUAACUCAGAGUCAACAGUUAACCUAAGCUGCAUGUUUCUGAAUUGUGGAAGGAGGCUGACACGGGGAGAACAUGCAAACUCCACACAGAAGGACCUGAGUCAGUCAGCUCUUUUGACUUUGUGAUGUUUUUAUGUUUGAAGAAAAUAUAAAAAAUGAAGUAAACAAAAAGACUUGUCAUACACAGCAGAUGUGACUGAUAACACUGAUAAUGGCUGUGUUCCAUUUGGGUGUGUCAGUAUGACUCUGGUAUCACGUCCAACGACAUACUGCAUACACAGCUAUUGAGUUACUGCCAUCAGAUAUACCUGCGUGAUUGGUUUGUUGCAAUGUCAAGUUUUCAUGAAGAAUACGGUGAAAUUAAAAUCAAGGUUUCCUGACACUGAUGGCGACAUGCCCUGACUGUGUAAACAAUGAAGCCCUUGGCUGCCAGACCUCUGAUAAUGCACUAAUGGGACCGGUUUUGUUGGUGUAGCAAGGUGUGUGCACAGCGCUUCUUCAUGGGACACUGAAAUACUUUUUUUAGAGAGGGAACAUGUGACAUCGCUGGCUUCAUCAAAUUAUUAUUAUUAGGGAAAUUAUGUUGUGAAUAUAUGCUUUCCUCAGACGUGACAGGACAUCUACAGAAAGUACCAUGCACCUGCAGGAUAGUUGGCACCUGAUGCCUGGUGGUUUUUAAAAGGCAUUUUGCUGUUGCUGCCUACUUUAUAAUGUCUGAUGGACACAUGCAAGGAAUGACAAGACGUUGAGGUGGAGCCAUCAGAUCAUUCCAAGCAUGGUUUCAGUGUGUGCGCAUCCAAGGGGUGGUGUUCUGUAGAUUCCUGUGACAAUGUUGACUUGAAUGUUGAAUAAUUUGAAGACUGUUUGGUGGACGUGGGAAGAGUUAAAUCACAAAGUUAAUUUAUUUAUCCAUGCAGUUAGCAUGAAUGAAGGUUGAAAAUACAAGAAUGAAGUGCUGGGCUGGUUAUUACUGUGAUUGUAUGGGGUUUCUUUCACAUUGUUUGCCACUUCUGCCAAACUGUAGCAGUGCUAAAUCUCAGGCACAGUGUUUUCUGUACAAAUGUAUUUAUGUUUUAUGUUGCCAUCUCCCCUUUGGAGACAAUAAAAAUUUAUCUAAAAAUCCA